AUGAAGAAUUUAUUAAAAGAUAAAGUUUUUCGUUCUCAUGAACAUUCAUCUCCAUUUUAUGGUAACACUCGUCAUAUUUAUUGUGAACAUAGUACAAUUGAAUUUUAUCCAAGAUCUGACAGUAUGAACAACUAUAAAUCACAUUACGGACACGUACAAAAAUUAAGAAUUUUAGCCUAUGCCGAAGAUGAACAUGCACAAACAAUCUUAGUUCAUAGUGUCGAUAGUAAUGAUAGUCAUCGUUCAAUGAAUAAAUAUCCUCAUGUGACUAUUAGUGUCAGUAAUGUUAAACCUUAUACAGCAGUAUAUUCUAAUGAUCUAUGGAAAAGAUUGGUUGAUGACGGAAUAGUAGAGAUAACAAUGGACGAAUAUGAUAAACCACAAUCGAUCACAAUUAAAGAUCAUACUAAUGAAUGGCAUGGAAAACUGAAUAGCAAUGGAAGAUAUGAAGAAACACAAGCUUAUGUUAAAAUAAUCAAUGAAAUUAUUGAUUUGGAUGGAAUUGUUUGUGUUGGCAAUUUAUGGAACAAUGAUAAAUGUCAAAAAUAUUUAAAAAUUAAAUAA